AUGGAGGCGGGCGAGCGGCGGCGGCUGCGGCAGGAGGCGGCUGAGUAUUACCGAGGGCAGCGGGUGCCGGAGCGGAUGGAGGACGCGCUGAAUGCCCUGUUCCCGCUGCACCCCGAGGAUCUCUACGGGGAGCUGGCUAACUACUUUUCUAAAUUUUCAAAAGCUCCAGUAAUAUGCAAAUUAGUUGGAAGAAAAGUUCUCGAUGGAGUUGGUGAGCCAACAUUAGAAGUGGAAAUAUACUGUACAGUUAAAAACUAUGAGAAGAGGAUUUGUUCCACUGUAAUGGCUACUCAUUCUCAAAUACCUGAAAAUGCUUUACCUGAAACAAUUGAAGCUGAUGAGGAAGAAAGAAAUGACUCUGUUCAUACUGCUGUGGAAUGGGUUAGUGACUCACUGAACACAAUGUUAAGGGACUUGGACCCUACUGACCAGUGUCAAGCUGAUAAGAUGCUUGGUGAAUACUUUGCAAACAAGGUAGAAGAAAAAAGGGAAAUUGAAAAGCAAGAAAAAGAAAAAAAAGAAGAAGAAGAAGCAGCAAAAGUCAUUUCCCCUGCUUCAGGCCGUUCAGCCGCAACACCUAAGCAAAAAAAGGGACGAAAACCAGGAAAGAAGGUGUCACUGGAAGGGAAUUCCAUCCCACCUGCAGAGCCUGCAGAGGCAGUGCUGUGUGGCAGCUUGGCCAUUGGGGGAACAUCACUUGCCAUAGCAAAGGCUGGGGCCACCAUCAGCUGUGUCCCAUUGUACUUACACACUGCACUGCUGAAACACAAGGAAUCACCUAAAGAAAUUACUCUACCACUCCCAAUGAUUACUGUGUUGAACUGUGAAAAAAAUUCACCUACAAAACUGAAAUUAAUCAAAGAAGUUAUGCUUAUACCACCAGUUGAGUUAUCACUCCAGCAGGGCAUAGAAAGAGUUCAGGAAAUUCAGAAAGAAAUGACAAGAAAGAUGGAGUCUCCAGGCAAAACGCCUGGUUCACGAUCAGACAGUAGGAGAGGAAGAGGACAUAAAGCUCAGCCAUCAUCUUUAAAAAGAAUAUCACACUUAGGCUGCCUCAUAACAGGACAUGAUAGUCUAGAACAACUGCUACUCCAAAUACAAACAGCUUGCAACAAUAUAGGUCUGGAGCUGGGAACAGACAUGUACUUAGCAAUAAAUUGUGCUGCUCAUGAAUUAAUGGAUUAUGGGAAAGGAAAGUACGAAAUACUCACUGGAACAUUCAAAAGUCCUGAUGAAAUGGUUGCCAUGUAUGUGGAAAUGAUUAAUAAUUUUCCUUUUAUUAUUGCAUUAAUAGAUCCCUUAAGAAAAGAGGACAGAGAACAGUGGAGUAGCAUCUGUCGUGCCCUUGGUUCCAAAUGCUUCCUGAUUGCUGAAGAUGCUGCCACGCAAAUUUCCAAACUCAAAACUGACCAACACAUAAACAUAGCAAUGUGCAGUGGUGUUGUCCUAAAAUACAUUAACCAAACCACAGUGUCAGACCUCAUAGAACUGACUGGAAUUCUGGAUGGUCAAAGACAUAUUUCCAUAUUAGGAAGUCCAGAUAGAGAAUCUUCAGAUGAGAGCCUCGUGGAUCUGGCUGUGGGCCUGGGUGCCAGGUUCCUCAAGCUGGGAGGUCUGUCCCGCGGAGAAAGGGUGGCCAAAUACAACCGGCUGCUGGCUAUAGAGGAGGAACUGGCCACGAAUGGAGCGCUGCGUGAAGCAAAACUUGAAUUUGUUGAUUUUGCUGAAGAAUCACAGCCAGGACAACUUCCUGAUGUGCUUCCUGCCCCAGAGUAGGAUUAGUUGCCUCCACAGCUCUCAAUCAGCCCUGGAGAUUCACAGCCUGCCUGCUCAGCUCCCAGAGAACAGCACACUAACCUAGGCUGUCAACAUUAACUUUGGGAUAAAUUUCUAAGAAAGACAUUUUACUAAGAAACUUACAUAUUAACUAUAC